AUGAGGUAUGCCCUUAAAUGCAUUGACAAAGAUGACAAUGCGCUUCGCGAGCUGGCCAUCUUGAAGAAGCUCGACCACCCCUUCAUCGUCAAAUUGCACAGCCAGACCAUAUAUCGGUCGAAAAUUGGUCUUUUGUUGGAGCUCGUAUCAGGGUGCGAACUGAUCCAUGCACUCGAGCACGUCGGCGUUGAUCAGGCGGCUUCCUUCUACGCUGGCUGCCUUGUUCUUGCCCUGGGCUAUCUUGCAGACAGAGGCAUUUGCCACCUCGACAUCAAGGCUGAGAACUGCCGCCUCGAUGCGGAGGGUUACCUGAAGCUGCUCGAUUUUGGCAGCGCUGUGGAUGCUCACUGCAAGCAGAGUGGCCUGGUUGGCACCCCGCGAUGCAUGGCGCCAGAGAUUAUCAUUGGCUGCGUGCAUAGCACCAUGUGCGACCUUUGGAGCCUUGGGGUUGUGGUCUACUGGAUCGUUAUCGGAGAUUUCCCAUUCGGGAAAGACAGCUCCGCCACCAAUGAGCAGAUUUAUCAGGAGGUGCUCGAUGCAGAUGUCCACUUCCCAGAAAGGCUUCCACCAUGUGCUGUCGGCCUUCUGCAGGGGCUCCUGACGAAGGACCCGCUGACGCGAUUGGGGCAUGCAGACCUUCAACAUCAUGAUUUCUUUAAGGCAUGUUGUUGGCCAAAGCUCCUGAACAAACAGUACGUCGCGCCAUGGAAGCCGCCUCCUGAGGCUGCACAAACGAGGCAGAGGAUGCCCAUUUGA